UCGCCGCUGGAGGAGAAACAGUCUGACCAGCAAGUAACAAGCAUCUUAACGCUUAGCUACAAAGCUGAUCCACUGUCGUCAAAAUGGUUCGGGAAACCGGCUACUACGACCUUCUGGGCGUAAGUCCCAAAGCAUCGGUGGAUGAAAUUAAAAAAGCAUACAGAAAACUGGCAUUGAAGUAUCAUCCCGACAAGAACCCAAAUGAAGGAGAGAAAUUCAAACUGAUCUCACAAGCCUAUGAGGUGCUGUCGGAUCCAAAGAAGAGAGACUUGUACGAUCAAGGUGGGGAACAAGCUAUUAAAGAAGGAGGUCUGAGCGGAGGAGAAUUCUCCUCCCCAAUGGACAUUUUCAACAUGUUCUUUGGAGGUGGAGGAAGGGUGCACAGGGAAAGAAGAGGGAAGAAUGUUGUCCAUCAGCUUAGUGUUACUCUGGAGGAGAUGUACAAUGGCACAACCCGAAAACUCGGCCUUCAGAAGAAUGUAAUCUGUGAGAAAUGUGAUGGCUAUGGAGGGAAGAAAGGUACUUUGGAGAAGUGCUCAAACUGCAAAGGGAGGGGGGUUCAGAUCAAGGUGCAGCAGAUCGGGCCGGGAAUGAUCCAGCAGAUCCAGAGCAUGUGUCUGGACUGCCAGGGCCAGGGCGAGAGGUUCAACUCCAAAGACCGCUGCAAUAACUGCAACGGGCACAAGGUUGAACGCAAGAAGAAAAUCCUGGAAGUUCACAUUGACAAAGGUAUGAAAGAUGGCCAGAAGAUAAUGUUUCAUGGGGAGGGAGAUCAGGAGCCUGGACUAGAACCUGGUGAUGUCGUCAUUGUCCUGGACCAGAAGGAGCAUCCAGUGUUCCAGAGACAGGAAGACAACCUCAUCAUGAAGAUGGAAAUCAAGCUGGUGGAAGCGCUAUGUGGGUUCAAAAAGACCAUCUGCACUUUAGACAACAGAAUGCUUGUCAUCACCUCACCGCCAGGUCAAGUUGUAAAGCACAAUGCCAUUAAGUGUGUACAGAAUGAAGGCAUGCCUUUGUACAGAGAUCCCUAUGAAAGAGGACAACUCAUCAUUCAGUUUGCGGUGGAGUUCCCAGAGAAAGGCUGGCUCCCUGAACAUAUGCUGCCCCAGCUGGAAGCCCUGCUCCCCCCAAGAGAUGAGCUGAUGAUCACUGACGACAUGGAGGAGGUGGAUUUGUGUGACAUUGAUCUCAACUCCCAGCGGCGCAACUACAGCAGGGAAGCAUACGAGGAGGACGAAGGCCCAAGGGGAGGGGUGCAAUGCCAGACACAGUGAAUGUGAUCAAGAGUAGGCCGCUGGGACUGAUUAUAUGUAUAAAU